GGUUUUGUUUUGAUGUAAUUGUGUUUUUAAUUUUUCCCUUUUCGUUAUUUUUAAAAAUUUGGCGCAUGUGCUAAGCGCCCCCACGGACGCGAUCUUAUGGCCAGUCUAUUCUACUCUACCGCGAAGCAAAGUCGACCGUCAACAGCGAAGAAGGAGCAGACCGAUCGUUACGUGUGCUGUGUUUGUUUGUUGGACCAAAGUAGUGAACAUUCCACAAUCGUUUGAUUUGUUGCAACACAAAAUUUAUUAAGUAAAACCAAUGGAAGGCGAUUUCAGAAGCAUUAUGCACCUAAGCUAUCGCGAUUAUCGCUCCAUCCCGGAGGGUUUGCGCGGCCAGGGCAGUGAGGAGAUUUCCGAAAUUUAUCUGAAAGAAAAUCUUAUCCACACCCUGCCCGAUUGGUUCUUUGUGGAGAUGUGCCAUUUGCGGUUUCUGUGCCUCGCGGGCAAUAUGAUCGAAUCGCUGCCGAACCAGAUCGGCCGCUUCGAGUGUCUGGAAACGCUCGAUCUGUCGGAGAAUUCCCUUCACCGGUUGCCGCACACGGUGGGACGGUUGAAGCAGUUAACCAAGCUGCUGCUGAACGGAAACUAUCUUCAUCAACUGCCCGCUGAACUAGGCCAACUACGCAAGCUGGAGGUGCUGGAAAUUCGCAAAAACCGUCUCACAAACAUUCCCAUCCAGCUGUCACAGUGCGUCGCGCUGGAAGAUCUCCUGAUGGACGACAAUCCCGGGCUGGUGUCCGUACCGACGCGGCUCUUCAAUCUGCCCCGGUUGACGUACGUGUCCGCGGAACGUUGCAACUUGUUUCAGCUCCCAUUCUACACCAACACAACCACACUCGCAUUUGCACUGCUGUUCAGCAACAACCGCAGCCUAACGCACUGUCCACUGGCACUGGAGCGCUUCGCGCCGCCCGAUUACGAUGCGCUCGAGGACAAGGUGAAGCGAAUCAGAAACCCUUCCUGCUAUCGACAGCUCGUUUGUAAAGCGGUUCCGUAUCUGUUGAACUUUCCGUCGGAGUUGGCGUAUGUGAGUGACCGUAAAAAGGUGGGAACUGCUCCAAACUCUUUGCUAGCGACAGCGUUGCGCGUGGUUUCCCGGUGUCGAGUACGGUUGGACGUUUUGGAGCGGCUUGGUUUGCCACAGUGCCUUACCAUCCGUUUGCUUCAAGGACCGGUAGCCUACUGUGCCAGUGUACCAUGUGAGAAGGAAAUUUUCAUCGAAGCAGUCGUCGCGCUGGUUAAGAGGAAGGAAUAUGCGCGAAAUUUUGUACUUAGUGUCUUGUUCUGCUCGAAGCUUUGCGCGGACCGUUGGUUCCAGUACAACUGUGACACGUACGAGGAGCUGUCGUGGGAAAUUCCCGUCUAAAGCGUCGUCAUACUGCCAUCAAUACAGCCUUACAGCCGAGACUACGAUACAGAGAAUUGGAGAAGCGUGAAAGUGGUUUAGUUAGAUAGAUUCGAUUUCACACCCGGCCAUCAGACCUCAUUCGGCAACACACCCACACACUUACCUCACUGUGGAUCGCAAUCACACCGUCCUCCGCGUUGGCUCGGAUAGAAAUCGAGGCGAACCCGUUCGGCUCUACAAUCACCUGCAGCCCGGUGCACGUUUCACCCUCGCGAGCACCCGAAAUCACAUCACAGUAGAUACCGGCCGGCAGCCCCGUCUGCAAGAUCACGUUCAUGUCGAACGGUUCGUUGUUGAACGCCACAAAGCCAACGUUGCCGCGGGCAAACGCGAUCUGAUUGUUGCCAUUGUCCCACCAGUGCUGCAGCGGCGUACCCCAGGCAAGGUUGCGGAAGUGGAUCAUGCUGUACAUCUGGCGCCACCGGUGCUCGCACACCCAGCCGCCGCCGCACGUCUUGUCCGGAUUGAUGAUGGGCGACAGCAGGUUGCCCUGCGCAUCGGACGGCGGACCCUGGUCAAAGUCGGUGAACGCGAACGAGCUCAUGAUGCGCAGCUGGCCGUACGGAUACGCGGCCGCAAAUGCAGUGGCCAUCUUGUACGGUUUGGGCUGUUUGUACGUGAGAAUACCAUAGUCACCGCGCUGGUUGUCGUGAUUGUCCACGAACACGAACGCUUCGCGGGACGCCAGCAGACCCCACGCUUCGCCAAAGUUCGACAGCCAGCGGAGCGCGUCAUUUCCACCGAAGGCACGACCAAGAUAGUGCGAGAACAUAAACUCCGUCACUGUGCCGAGGAACGUGUACUCAAACUUGCGAACCGCUUCGUGCGCCCCCAUAUCGAUGACUUCCUGCGCGAGGAAUACGCGCGAUCCCGGCGCAAACCCGUACGCAGUGUUGAGGUUGUUGAGCCGUCCGAAGAUCACCGCCAGAUCGGCGGGCCACAUGUGUUUGGCCGCAUCCACGCGGAAUCCGGCCACACCGAGCUCGAUCAGAUGGUUCAGGAAGUCAACGACACGGUCACGCACCCACGGCACCGCCUGGUUCAGAUCGUGCAGUCCCACCAGCUCGCAGUUCCGGAUCUGCUCCGCAUUGCCCCAAUCGUUGAUGGCACACGGUGGGUUAAAGUCGGGCCAUCCGAACGGUACCGCCGGGAACUGACGGUCCGAGGGAAUGGCCGUGGAACUUCCCGUACCAAUAGCCGGCUCGACGGGUUGCGUCGCUCCCAUGUGGUUGAUGAUGAUGUCCACGUACAGACGCACGCCGGCCGCAUUGCAGCGCCGCGACAUGUCCGCAAACUCAGCCUCCGAGCCCGAUCGCGUGUCCAGCUUGAAGGAAAUGGGCUGAUAACGUUCCCACCACGGGCGGGAUCCAUCGGCCAGUCGAAUGACGAUGUUCUCGUUCACUGGAGACAGCUGCACACCGCCGUACCCUUUGGGCCCCAGGAAGCGCUCACACUCGUCCGCAAUGUCGCUCCAUUUCCACUCGAACAAAUGCACGAUCGUGCUGUGGCCGCGGACAAAGUGGGGAUCGUGCUGGGCGGCUACCGGGCGACCGGUUAGGGCUAGCAGCAGGAUCGGUGCUAGGCGCACUAAAAGCUUCAUUUUGCUAAGGGAAGGACACCAAUUUAACGACAACCCGACAGUGGGGCACUGGACCAAUAGGUGCGGAUUGCAUUCAUUUUAUAGCUUCUGGGCGACCAAAUCAGUUGAUGGGAAAGCAAUGUUUGGGUGGGCGAUUGUUUUAUCGUUCAACGUUACAUGAUACGACGGGGGGUGCUGAUAGCGUGCUGUUGUUCGGUCGAGAGGUGUGAGCUUGUUCGACAAGCAAACCAGUUCCAGUAGAGAUUAGUUAUCUCCCAUUUUGCGUGUGUUAUGCUCAGUAUGAAUGGAGUUUAAAAAGAACAAAAAGCAAAAUAACAAAUAGCUGCAGUAUUGUGUUAUUGCAAAGCAUGUA